AUGUUUUUUCUGCUCAGGCUACUCGUCUCUUUAUGCGUAAUAAUCGUAAGUGUGAGGCAUGAGCACGCGAGAGUUAUUUUGUCGAACAAGUUUGCGGCGAGCGUACUGAACAGCGGCACACGUGUAGGGGAGCCAUCCCGGGGGACGACGACCCUGAAGAGAGACACGACAAGGAAAAAUGGCCUCUUCAGGAGUGACCAGAAGCAAAACACGACAUCAGAACAUGGGUACUACUACUUUACUAAGGAGAAAAACAAAAUAAUAAAAAAAAAAAAAAAAAAAUUUUCACUGAAUUAUUCUAGAAACCCUAAAGUAGUAACAAGGGGGACAAGAAAAAAAACACACUACCCACUCCUUUUUAUAUCCCCGUCAUCAACAUCAUUGAACGAGAUUACUGAAAGUGUGAAGGCUCUUUUUAAUUUAGAUUACAUAGAAAAUAGCUACUUGUAUUCCUACAUCAAAUCAUUUAAAAGGACCCCCCCCUUAACGAAACUUUACCUUUUGUGCACCUUCAUCUUCAGCAUAUUUAUGCAUGCAAAUAAAAAUAUAUACAAGCUUAUUGUAUUCGAUUUCGGAAAAAUAUUCAAGGAGGGUCAAGUAUGGAGACUAAUUACACCGUAUUUUUAUAUAGGCAAUUUAUAUCUACAAUAUUUUCUCAUGUUUAAUUAUCUACACAUCUACAUGUCUUCGGUUGAAAUUGCACACUACAAGAACCCGGAGGACCUGCUAACAUUCUUCAGUUUUGGCUACCUGUCUAAUCUCCUUUUUACAAUAAUAGGAAGUAUGUACAAUGAGAACGUAUUGAAUCUCCAAGGCUAUGUGAAUAAACUUAGGAGACUCAUUUUAUUAGGUGGUAAGAAGAGUAGUAUUUCCACCAAGGCGAACACAGCAGAUGUGAUAAUAUCAAAACAACAGUACAACCACCUGGGUUAUGUUUUCUCUACCUACAUAUUGUACUAUUGGAGUCGGAUCAACGAAGGUACCUUGAUUAACUGUUUUGAGCUUUUCCUUAUUAAGGCUGAAUAUGUACCUUUUUUUUUUAUCGUACAGAAUAUUUUACUGUAUAAUGAAUUUUCUCUCUUCGAAGUAGCAUCCAUAUUGUCCAGCUACUUUUUUUUCACUUAUGAGAAGAACUUGCAGUUGAAUUUCCUGCGGCACUUCAACCUCGCUCUGCUCAAGGUGUUGGGCAUCUACCCCAUGUACGAGGCGUACAAGGAGGAGUACGAGUAG